AUGGAAGAGCUCAAGGAAAAUUUGAACCUUGAAGAACUUGAAGUAGUCGAUCUUCGUUACAACAAAAGCAUGUCUGAAGCUCUUGUCCGGAAUAAAAAUGAGAUGAUUGGAAAUCAAAUGAAUCAGAUCAAAGCGCAAGAGGUCCAGACAAAGGAUUUGAAUGCCAAAAUUGCCAAAUUAGAAUCGGAGAUCAAAAUACAGAAGAAAAAGUUGAAAGACCGAAUUGCUGAGUUGAAAUCCGAGGCUAAAAGCCUUCAGAAAAAGCUAAGAGCGGCGAACAAGCAGCUUGGAUUGAAUGUGAAAAGGGAUGAGAAAGAGUCUAUAUCUCAACGAAGCCGAUGUUGGCCAUUAUAG